GCCGCCAUCUUGGAAGUCGCCGUUCAUCCUUGUCCGCGGACCCGGAUGCGGCGGACUACGCAUGUGUGGAACCCAGUGAACAUGCGGAUUUGAGGGACAGAAGGCACGUCAGACGAAAGGAGGAGAAUCCACUUUGCGCAAGUGACGAAACCUGUGAUGCCCGAGAACGCCGGCGGCCACGCUAUGGAGGAGGAAAUGGAGACUUUUGCCUUCCAGGCUGAGAUUGCUCAGCUGAUGUCCCUCAUCAUCAACACCUUCUAUUCCAACAAAGAGAUCUUCCUCAGGGAGCUCAUCUCCAACUCCUCCGACGCUUUGGACAAAAUCCGCUAUGAGAGCUUGACUGACCCCAGCAGACUGGACUCGUGCAAGGAGCUGAAGAUCGAAAUAAGGCCUGACCUGCAUGCCCGUACCCUCACCCUCACUGACACGGGCAUUGGCAUGACAAAGGCAGACCUGAUCAACAACCUGGGCACCAUCGCAAAGUCGGGCACCAAGGCAUUCAUGGAGGCCUUGCAGGCCGGUGCCGACAUCUCCAUGAUCGGCCAGUUUGGCGUGGGUUUCUACUCGGCAUACCUAGUGGCCGAGAAAGUGACAGUGAUCACCAAGCACAACGAUGACGAGCAGUACGUGUGGGAGUCCGCGGCAGGGGGAUCGUUCACAGUCAAACCCGACACCGGAGAACCUAUCGGCAGAGGCACCAAAGUGAUUUUAUACCUUAAAGAAGACCAGACGGAAUAUUGCGAGGAGAAGCGCGUCAAGGAAGUUGUGAAGAAGCACUCUCAAUUCAUUGGCUACCCCAUCACACUUUACGUGGAGAAGACCAGGGAGAAAGAAGUGGAUCUCGACGGGGCAGACAAGGAGGAGGAGCUUGAGAAAGACGGUGAGGACAAGGACAAACCUCUGAUUGAGGACGUUGGCUCCGACGAGGACGAGGACACCAAGGAGAGCAAGAACAAGAGGAAGAAGAAGGUCAAGGAAAAGUACAUUGACGCACAAGAGCUCAACAAAACCAAGCCCAUCUGGACACGGAAUCCUGACGACAUCACCAAUGAAGAGUAUGGAGAGUUCUACAAGAGUCUUACCAACGACUGGGAGGACCACCUGGCUGUCAAGCAUUUCUCCGUGGAGGGCCAGCUGGAGUUCCGAGCGCUGCUGUUUGUGCCCAGAAGGGCUGCAUUUGACCUCUUUGAGAACAAGAAGAAGAGAAACAACAUCAAGCUGUACGUGCGCAGGGUCUUCAUCAUGGACAACUGUGAGGAGCUGAUUCCAGAGUACCUCAAUUUUAUCAAAGGUGUGGUGGACUCUGAGGAUCUGCCUCUCAACAUCUCCAGAGAGAUGCUGCAGCAGAGUAAGAUCCUCAAGGUGAUCCGCAAGAACCUGGUCAAGAAGUGCCUGGAACUCUUCACAGAGCUUUCAGAGGACAAGGACAACUACAAGAAAUGCUAUGAGCAGUUCUCCAAGAAUAUUAAGCUCGGCAUCCAUGAGGAUUCCCAGAAUAGGAAGAAACUGUCUGAGAUGCUCAGAUACUACACCUCAUCCUCCGGAGAUGAGAUGGUGUCGCUAAAGGACUAUGUUUCACGUAUGAAGGACAACCAGAAACACAUCUACUACAUCACAGGUGAGACCAAGGACCAGGUGGCCAACUCUGCCUUCGUGGAGCGCCUUCGCAAGGCCGGCUUGGAGGUCAUCUACAUGAUUGAGCCCAUCGACGAGUACUGUGUCCAACAGCUGAAGGAGUACGACGGCAAGAACCUGGUGUCAGUCACCAAGGAAGGUCUGGAGCUGCCGGAGGAUGAGGACGAGAAGAAGAAGCAGGAGGAGUUAAAAACCAAGUUUGAAAACCUUUGCAAGAUCAUGAAGGACAUCCUCGACAAGAAGAUUGAAAAGGUCAGCGUCUCCAACCGCCUCGUCUCCUCGCCAUGCUGCAUUGUCACCAGCACCUACGGCUGGACGGCCAACAUGGAGAGAAUCAUGAAGUCCCAGGCCUUGAGAGACAACGCCACAAUGGGCUACAUGACGGCCAAGAAGCAUCUGGAGAUCAACCCCGCGCAUCCCAUUGUGGAGACCCUAAGGGUGAAGGCCGACGUGGACAAGAACGAUAAGGCGGUGAAGGAUCUGGUCAUCCUUCUGUUUGAAACGGCGCUGUUGUCUUCAGGAUUCACACUGGAGGACCCACAGACGCACGCCAACCGCAUUUACAGAAUGAUCAAGCUUGGCCUUGGCAUCGAUGACGACGACUCAGCAGUGGAGGACCUCACUCAGCCAGCUGAAGAAGACAUGCCAGUUCUGGAGGGAGAUGAUGACACCUCAAGAAUGGAAGAAGUCGACUAAAUCUGCUUUUGUGACACAUUUUUUUGUAAUUUAUUUCACUUUUUUUUUCAAAGCCAUUACUUAUUUAGAAUUAUAUGUAGAAACUAUCAGUCUUUGUCAUCUAUUAUUAGUCAACCUCACCUAGUAUCUAAAGCUACACCCAGAAAUACAAAUAUUUAUGAUGCAACUGUACUAUGGUAAGUAAAUUAGGGUCGUUUUUGAUUUUAGAAAACAAA